CUCAGGGGUGGGGCCUUAAUCCAGCUGGUAGAGGGAUUGCCGCUAUUCCCCAGCAACCCUACCCCAGAGAUGGCUGCAUCUCAGCACCGGAUGAGCCAGCCCUGCGUUGUGUUAUGCGUAGCUGUUUCCCGGCUGCUCCUCAGUGCCAGGUGAGCCCUCCCCAUGCGGUGUUAUAUGCAGCUGUUCCCCAGCUGUCCCACCCCAGAGGUGGCUGCAUCUCAGAGCCAGGUGAGCCCUCCCCAUUUAGCGUUAUAUGCAGCUGUUCCCCAGCUGUCCCACUCCAGAGGUGGCUGCAUCUCAGAGCCAGGUGAGCCCUCCCCAUGUGACGUUAUAGACAGCUGUUCCCCAGCUGCCCCAAACCUUGUUUAAUGCUAGCUAAGGUCAGAUCAGUGCAAACCACAAGGGGCAGGUCUCCUGGGUUCCCUGACACCUUUCGCAGGGCGGGUCCUCCUUUCUCUGUGCUUCCCAACUUCAGAAAGGACAUAGGGCACUGUCCUGCCGCCCAGGGUUAAGGUGCCAAGUGACUGUGAGGUGCUCAGAUACUGUAGCAAUGGGGGACAGAGAAGUACCUAAAAUAUAGAUACCCCACCCCCCACAGCUCUAACCUACUAGCCACCACUCCCCUCCCAGAGCCAGGGAGAGAACCCAGGAGUCCUGGUCCCAGCGCUGGAGAUAGAGGGCAUCUAUUGGCUGUGUUGAUCGCCCGCCCCGUCCCAUCCCAUCCGGCUCCCGAUUGGCCGAGCCGAGCCGUCUCCCCUUCCCAUAGGAGGCUGCGCCGAUCCACCCGCCCCCAAAUUUAAAGGGGAUUAGCUCCCCCUCCCCCCGGGAGAGCCGGACCGCAGGACCGGCUGCGCGGGGACAGACGGACGUGGAGGGAGAGGCUCGCUGCAAAGGCCCCAGCAAUGGCCACUGUCACCCACCAGGAGUUCUACCAGCAGCUGCUGCAGGGCUGCAUAAUACCCACUGCCCAGCAGGGGCUGGAGCAGAUCUGGCUCCUGCUGCUCAUCUGCCUGGCAUGCCGGCUGCUCUGGAGGCUGCCUCUGCCCGGCUAUGCCAAGCACCUCAGCACAGUGGUCGGGGGGUUCUACGCCCUCCACCAGUUCUUCCAGCUGCAGAUGGUCUGGGUGGUGCUGCUCAGCCUGCUGUGCUACCUGGUUCUCUUCCUGUGCCGGCACUCGGCCCACCGUGGGGUCUUCCUCUCCAUCACCAUCCUCAUCUACCUCCUCAUGGGGGAGAUGCACAUGGUGGAUACCGUGACCUGGCAUAAAAUGAGAGGGGCCCAGAUGAUUGUGGCGAUGAAGGCCGUGUCCCUGGGCUUCGACCUGGACCGAGGGGAGCUCCCGGCUGUCCCCUCCCCCGUGGAGUUCAUGGGCUACAUCUACUUUGUGGGCACGGCCAUCUUCGGGCCCUGGAGCCGCUUCCGCAGCUACCUCCAGGCGGUGGAGAGCCGGGCCCUGAGCCUCCCCUGGCUGCGAAAGGUGUCCCGGAGCCUCCUCCUCUCCAUCAUCUGCCUCCUCGUCUCCACCUGCGUCGCCCCCUACCUGUUCUCGUACUUCAUCCCACUCUACGGCUACCGGCAGCUGGGGAAGAGGAAGCGCAAGGCCAGGUGGCUCCGGGCCUACGAAAGCGCCAUCUCCUUCCACUUCAGCAGCUACUUUGUGGGAUUCCUCUCCGAGGCCACGGCCACGCUAGCUGGAGCGGGAUUCACCGAGGAGAAGGACAACCUCAAAUGGGACCUGACAGUGUCCCGACCCUUGAAUGUUGAGCUGCCCCGAUCGAUGGUGGAAGUCGUCACCAGCUGGAACCUGCCCAUGUCCAGUUGGCUCAACUCCUAUGUCUUUAAGAACAGCUUGCAACUGGGGACUUUCUCCGCUGUCAUUGUCACGUACGCCGCCAGCGCCCUGCUGCAUGGACUCAGCUUCCACCUGGCUGCUGUGCUGCUUUCUCUGGGAUUCAUCACCUACGUGGAGCAUGUCCUCCGGAAGCGCCUCUCCGUCAUCUUUGACGCCUGUCUCCUCUCCAAGCGCUGCCCGCCCGGCUGUCCCCACCGCCAUAACACGAAUCUCUGGGUUCGGCUGCUGAACCUGCUUUUCGGCACUCUGGCUGUCUUCCACCUCGCCUACUUGGGCUCACUCUUCGACAUUGACGCUGAUGACAUUGUAGAGGAGCAGGGUUACAGCAUGUCCUACACCAUCUAUAAGUGGUCGGAGCUGAGCUGGGCCAGCCACUGGGUCACCUUCGGCUGUUGGGUCUUCUACCGCCUCAUCGGCUGAGCUGGACUGGGACACAGAGACACCAGGAUGUGGGGAGUGUCCUGGUGUGAUCUGACUGUACCUCCCCCAGCCCCUGCUAAGACCAUCGGACACAUCCUCAAGAGCUGGCGGGCUUCAGUUGGGGCAUCUGGCACCAGGGCAUGAGCAGGAGGGGAUGGGCAUCAGGGACUGUGGCCCCAUGGGGAAUCACAGUCCCUGUCCCCUGCUCACUGGCCAGCCAUUAACCUCUCCCUGCCUUGAAGUGAACUGGACGGCCAAGAACUGUACGAUGGAUCUGGAUCCCACUACUGCCACCGUCUUAUAGGUGCAGAGAGAGGGAACAGCCGCCAUAGAAGGUGACUCCUAUCUGUGCAUCUCCCCCGCUGAAACAACACGACCUGGUCCUCUCUAGGAACUGGAGGACUGAGAUCUCUAUAGUUGAUUCAGCCCCCCCACAGCUCCCCCUGUGUUGUUUGAAUGGAGAGAACAGACACCACAGAGAGCGACCUCUAUUCAUGCAUCCCCCCCACCUAUAUAACAUCUCCUGGUCCUCUCUAGGAACUGGAGGACCGAGAUUUCUAUGGUCAGUUUGGCUCCCACGCCUCCCACCAUGUUGUAGGAGCAGAGUGAGAGAACAAACACCAUGGAGAAUGACCACACACACUCCAUUCACCAUGCCCUGGUCCUCUCUAGGAACUGGAGGAUCGAGAUCUCUGUGGUUGAUUCCGAUCCCACUCUGUUGUCGCAGCAGAGAGAAAAGGGACACUGCCACCCAAGGAAGGACACACCCCGGCCCCCGCCCAGAACUCCUCCCCAUGCAGCAUCCCCUCUAGGACCUGCACGACCAAGAACUCUGUGAGUUUAUAUGGCCCAAGUUACAGCUGCUACCCCAUUCCCACCCCCAAACCUGCCAGGGGUGGGGGACAGGAAAGUACUGUACUUAGCUUAGAAAAAGGGAUUUUUUUAAACAGAAAACUCCCGAGUAUCGGAUUUGUUACCUGUAAAAUAAAUUUUAAAAACAAUGUAUGCGCAGAACCAUACUGCCUCCUGCUGGCUGGAUUGCUUAAUGAGCCAUUCAUGCUUUAAUAAUAAUGCGUCGUUAAUCAAUGGUGGGGCUUCUCAUUUCAAACUCAAGCCUUUUGCACCCAUUCAUGCUUCACAAUUAAUGACAUAAUGCAAAUUAUUAUUAUCACCAGGACCAGGUCCCCUGUUGCAAUGAGGGCUGCCCGGCCCCCCCAUAU